UUUCUUUCAUUUCUCCAUUGUUCCGCCACCCACCUCUUCACUAUCACUAUAAAAUAUCGACACUUUUUCACAAAUUCUUCAAAACUCUGAGAUGGGGUUGAGUUUUAGUUUAUGUUGAUUCAAGUUUAGCUCUCAAAUCUUUUGCAUCUACAAACAGGAAAAGAGAACAGAAAAAAUGAUACAGUAAAUAGAUAGAUAGAUGGUAUAGUGUAUACAUUGUGAAUUCUGUAUGUAUGUGUAGCUUUUUGUUGAUCUGAGCUUGACCCAUUUGAGAUCUUGGGAUGUUAGUAUGAGGGUUGGUUUUAGUUUUUGUUUUUUUGUUUGCUUGAUCUCUUCUUGAUUUUACGUUCGUGGAGGUUUUGUUUGUUUGUUCUUGAUUGGGUGGUGAUUUUGGGGGAUAUUUGAUUUGAAGGGAGUUUUUAGUUAGUGGAUUUGAUAUAAAGAUUAAAUUUUUUCUUUUGUUAGAUUUUGGAAUUUUUUUGCUGAUUUGGGGAGUGCUGGAAAAUGAGUGUGAGUAUGGAGGAGGAUGGUUCAGGUUCAAAAAUACAUCUACCUGCUGAUGUAAAUUGGGAGAUGCUUGACAAAUCUAAGUUUUUUUUCUUGGGAGCUGCGCUUUUUUCUGGUGUUUCAGGUGCACUUUAUCCAAUUGUAGUGUUGAAAACUAGGCAGCAAGUUAUGAGUAGUCAAAUUCCAUGUUUAAAAAUGGCAGGAUCUAUGUUGAGGAAUGAAGGGUAUAGAGGAUUUUAUAGGGGAUUUGGUACUUCUCUAACAGGGACUAUUCCUGCUAGAGCACUUUACAUGGGGGCACUUGAAGUAACUAAAAGUAGUGUUGGAACUGCAACUGUUCAGUUGGGAUUCUCCGAGGCAUCGUCUUCGACUAUUGCUAGUGCUGCUGCUGGGCUUAGCGCGGCGAUGGCUGCUCAAUUGGUGUGGACACCAAUUGAUGUUGUGAGUCAGAGGUUGAUGGUUCAAGGAAGUGGGAAUUCUAGUUGUGGUGUUGUUGGAUUGAAAUGUUAUAGCGGUGGGAUUGACGCGUUUAGGAAGAUUAUUCGUAGUGAUGGCUUGAGGGGAUUGUAUAGAGGAUUUGGUAUUUCAAUACUGACUUAUGCACCUUCAAAUGCAGUGUGGUGGGGUUCAUACACUACAGCUCAUAGAUUGGUUUGGGGCUCCAUUGGUUGCUAUUGUUGCAAGAAAGACAACGAGGGCGGUUAUAAGCCAGAUGGGAAGGCAAUGCUUGCUGUUCAAGGAGUGAGUGCAGCUAUGGCUAGUGGAGUGUCUGCAUUAGUUACAAUGCCACUCGACACCGUCAAAACAAGAUUACAAGUAUUAGAUGAUGAUUGUUGCAGUAGUAGUAGUAGUAGGAGAACACCAACAGUUUUACAAACAGUGAAGAAUUUACUGAAGGAAGGUGGAUUUAGUGCUUGUUAUAGAGGAUUAGGUCCAAGAUGGGCAUCAAUGUCCAUGUCUGCAAUAACUAUGAUCACUACUUAUGAGUUCCUCAAGAAACUAUCCACCAAGAAUCAAGAAACCUUUGUUUGAUGAAAUCUUGGAUUGACAUAGAGGCACAGAUGCCAAUGAGGGACAAUGGAGCCAUUCUGAACACACAACGAAUCUGAAUUAGUUUGGCCAGUGUUUAUAUGGCGCGAAUCCAGAGUAGUCGGGCUAGUGGUUUAAAAACCUAAAGAAAAGGGUAGAUGGAGAAGAUGUUUCUAUAUUUAGAAUCCUUUUGAAGUUUUCUUUUUCUUAUGUUUUUACCUAACCUAAUGUAAAUUUUUGUAAAAAAGGUAGUUGCAAUGUUAUAUUAUAGCAACGUUUAUGUUAAAUUUUCUUUUGUAUUUCAUGUUGGCCUCUUGUUACA